AUGUCCGUCUUGGAUUUUCCGCAGUACGCUGAUGGCGACACCAAGCUCGCCAUCCACCCGGAUGGUUACCGCUUGCAUUCGAACAGGCUCUGCGAACACUCAAGGGUUCUGAGGUGCCUGCUAGGACCGCCAAACGAAGUCCACCCAGUGCCACAUAUCCAGGGGAUGGAUCAUUUAGGCGUGUAUAACCUCUACCUUGUUGGUGACGCAGCGCAUAAGUUCGGGGUCUUCCAGCUCCAGGUAAGUAGACGCCUUAUGAUCAGGGUGCCGCGUCAGUUUACGAGCGAGGUCAGAGGCUUUCAGGCUGUGGACUACAUCCCAGUCUGGCCUAUGAAAACCCGUCGGUGUUGGGAGAACAUCUUUAGGAUGUUUUAUUUGCUGCCGCCAGUCCUCCACGAUGAUGGAUUGGAAAAGAACUUUCUUGACAACAGUUUGAGAGUUGCUGAAUUGGCGUUGGAGAUCGAAGCGGAAGAUUAUAUCUUUCCUAUCCUCGGCGCAGCACUGGAGGGCUACGAGCAGGAGCUGUAUUAUUCUAUCUCGAAUGACCCGAUCGGUUGGGUGAACCUGGCCGUACGAAUCCAGUCAGCCACAAUUUUCCGAGAAGGCAUUAUUCACAUCGUUGGCCGCUGGAACUAUGUGACGGAUGAGGGCCACGCUUUGCUCCCUGGUCAGAUCCGUCAGCUUUGUGAAAGUAAGCAUAGAGAUCUGCAAUACGACAAACGGAUGAUAGAAAUGAACAUCCUCAACCACCCCGUCGCUGAUCCAAAUGAUAGAGACAUCUACAUGUGGAUGGCUAAGGCCUUUCAUCAGCAGUGGCUAGGAAAUGCCAUAGCUGAACACCAAACAUAUCGUUCUUUGGAUGGUGGGGCUGCGUUUUAUCGCGCCAUCAAUGCUGGCGGCAAUGCCUACCUUCCGGUGCUCGACCCUCAGACCAACCUCAUCAUACUGCCCAUUAGGCAAGACGAGGUUACACUCGUCGAAAACCGCCUGAAUGUCUUGAAGAAUGCUGUAAAGCAUUUGGUUGAUGACCUACUGCGUAACAGAUCGCGGUUCGACCCCUUAGUAUGGGGCGAACUACAUUACUUGACAUGUUGUGAAGUUAAUCAUAGUGAUAUCCCUUGGCUAGCAGAUAGGGCUGCACAGGAAGAUGUAGCUCUUAUGCAUACCAUGAACCCUGUCUUCCCCCGAAUGUACAGCGACAACAUUAAUGUCGACAUUCGACAAAACCAGACGCCUCGCAUUCCCCAGAUAGUUAUCGAGAAUCCUUUGCCGGAAAAUAAUCCCCAGAUAGUUACCCGGCGUCUCGCAUCUCUCUACUCCCCAUCACUGGAAAUGUCCCCUGAUCGCAACCCUAGUCAGCGCCGGAGUGAGCUGACUUACGCUGUCCAUGAGCCCGACUUGUCAUCGGAUAACUCUCAAAGCAGCUUCAAUAGCCCGCCUCACUGGGAUGAAGAGGAUGAUUCAACGGCGCGAACAGAAGCCGAGCACCCAAUGAUACCGGCUUUCGAUGAUUUUAUACAGACAUAUCCUCAGAUGUUAAGUGGGGAAGAUAUUGGCUUAGUGACUUAUGCGAGCCCUGUCUUCAUGUCUAUAAAUGUCAAUGUUGAAGGCCACGGACAUAAUACUCAGCACGAUGGCUGA